AUGGCGUCAAACGAAGACUGCGCAUCGGUGUUGGAGCAAUUCAUUCACGAUGCCGCCAAUUUACCAGCCGAGAUCACCCACAUGAUGGAAGAAAUUGAGGCCAAGGACAAGGACCUGCAGAAGCACAUGUCCGUCAUCAACCAGAAAGACGCCAACAUUCAGAAGCAUCUCAGACUCAACGGAAUACUCGCCCCGCAUCCGAAGGAGAACGAGUUUGCCGAUCUAGUCAAGAAGAACUACGAAUUAUGCCACCAACUUCAGGAUCAAAAAGUCGCGUUGAGUGAAAAGGCCUGCAGUCUCUUGGAACGGCAGGUGAAGAAGCUGGACAUGAAGAUUAGGGAAUUGCAGAACGAUGGGCAACUUCUCGACGGCCCGCCCUUACCAAGCAUUUUCAGCCGCAAGGCUGACGCACAGAGGCCCUUCCUCGAUAUACCCGCCAAUCUCCCCCUACAAAAUGCAUCUAUUAGUGCUCUCAAUGCGAAUGCACCCAGGAUCAACGCGCACAUGGCUGCGACCAUGCAGCAGGCCCAGGCGAGACAGCUGCCACAGAUUGCCACAGGAAGCGCACCUCUUCAGCGGAGUUCGGCACCUGCAACGCCUGCUUCGGCCGUUCAACAACAGCGUCAACGAGAGCGAGAACAUUCUCUGGGCGCUGAGAACAAGCGGCGGAAAUUGGGAGUUCCACUCCCCGGCACAACCCUUCCGGCCCAGCCUUCCGGUCUCCGGCAAUCUUCACUUGGCCCAGGCACUCCAAAAGCGGGUACUCCUACCGGCACAAGCGCAAGCCGGGCAGGCAGCAUGCCUCGAUCCACGGGAGCACAGCAAUCAGCUGCGCCUAUCAAGAAGUCGGGUCUUUCUAAGAAAGCUAUCUCACAUCAGCAGGUCAAUAAGCUCAAGCAAAAGGUCACGAUCAAGGGAAGGGUAUCUGCUGGGCGCAAAAAGGGCCAAUCACCCUCGGUGCGGGGAGGACGUGGAGGGACUGCGGCCUCGGAAGAUGCAGACUCAGUGUUGUCAUCUGCAGAUGCCUCCGAGACUGAUGCCUCACAAUCAAGAGGAAGGCGAGGCACCAAGAAGCAACAACAAGCUGCAUCUGAGGAACCCGACGUUGACAUGGGCGAAGAAGAAGAAAUGGAAGACGAGGAAGGAGAAGACGACAAACGCUACUGUUUCUGCAACCAGCGCAGUUACGGUGAAAUGGUGGCCUGUGAGAACGAUGACUGCCCUUAUCAAUGGUUCCACACGGGCUGCUUGAACAUGAAGAAAGUUCCAGAUGAGGACGAAGAUUGGUAUUGUCCAACAUGUAGGGAAAAGCCCGAGAUUAUUGAAAAGGUCAAGAUGAAGAAGAAAACUGGCAGGAAGUAG